AAACGUGCGAAAAACAGAAUAGUGCAGAGAAAGACUUACGUUCUUCUGUUUUUCCGUUUCAACCAAGGAUUUGCACUUUUUGGAGGUGUUAAAAUCGACCGAAUUGAACGUAUUUGAUUGAUUAAUUGGCGGACAGAAUGGCGAGAGAUUCUUCUGCCUCUGGUCCGGCGGGGAAUGCGGUGAGAAUUGUGGUUGCCGGAGAUGACCAGACAGGGAAGUCGAGCUUGAUAGUUUCAGCCGCUAUGGAGAACUUCCCGACCAAUGUUCCUCCGGUACUGCCGCCGACGAGGCUCCCCGAGGACUUGUACCCAGACCGCGUGGCUGUUACCAUUAUUGAUACUUCUUCGAGUCCCGAGAAUAGAAGCAGACUUGUUGAGGAGCUAAAGAAGGCCGAUGCGAUUGUUCUAACUUAUGCAUGCAAUAGGCCUGAAACAUGUCAGAGAUUAAGUGAUUAUUGGCUUCCUGAACUUCGAAGAUUGGAGGCCAGAGUGCCCGUCAUUGUGGUGGGUUGCAUGCUAGAUAAGAGAGGUAAUGAAGAGCCUAACAGUCUGGAGGAGGUUAUGACCCCAAUAAUGCAGGAGUUUCGAGAGAUUGAAACUUGUAUUGAAUGUUCUGCUCUGAAUCAUAUUCAGAUCCCUGAGGUUUUCUUCUAUGCCCAAAAAGCUGUGCUAUAUCCGACUGCGCCGCUAUUUGAUCAAGAGCAACAAGUACUUAAACCGCGCUGUGUUAGAGCUUUAAAAAGGAUAUUUAUUCUUUGCGAUCAUGACAGGGAUGGUGCCCUCAGCGAUGGCGAGUUGAAUGACUUUCAGGUCAAGUGUUUCAAUGCCCCACUACAACCAUCUGAAAUAGUGGGUGUUAAGAGAGUCGUGGAAGAGAAAUUGCAGGAAGGCGUAGAUGAGCGUGGUCUUACCUUAAGGGGAUUUUUGUUUCUCCAUGCCCUUUUCAUUGAGAAGGGGCGUUUGGAGACAACGUGGACAGUCCUUAGGAAAUUUGGAUAUAACAAUGAAAUAAGACUUCACGAUGAUCAAUUGCCACCUCCAAUAAAGAGAUAUCCUGACCAGAGUGUGGAGCUGACUACUGAUGCUCUUGAGUUUCUCAAGAAAAUUUUCUUCACCUAUGAUGUUGACUGUGAUGGAGCCCUUCGAUAUGCCGAGCUUGAAGAUCUGUUUUCCACAGCACCAGAAAAUCCUUGGAAUGAAGCUCCAUAUGUGGACACGGUUGAAAAGACUGCUCUUGGAGGACUAUCACUUGAUGGAUUUUUAUCACUGUGGGCAUUAAUGACACUUCUGGAUCCGAUUCGUAGUGUGGAGACUCUUAUAUACAUAGGUUAUGGCCAUGAUCCCUUAUCUGCUGUAUCUGUAACGCGAAGAAGACGCACAGAUCGUAAGAAGAACCAAACAGAGAGAAGUGUUUAUCAAUGUUUUGUUUUUGGGCCAAAAGAAGCUGGAAAAUCUGCUUUAUUGAAUGCUUUUGUUGGAUGGCCAUUCUCAGAAGAAUAUGUUUCCACUACCGCAGAUAGAUAUGCUGUUAACAUCAUUGAUCAACCAACAGGACCAAAGAAAUUUCUUGUGUUGCGAGAAAUUCCUGAGGAAGGAGUGAAAGAAUUACUAUCUAAGAAGGAGGCUUUAGCUGCAUGUGAUGUGGCACUAUUUGUUCAUGAUAGUUCUCGUCUACCUUCGUGGGAGAAAGCAACAGAGAUGCUUGUGGAUGUUGCCAGCCAUGGCGAAGCUACUGGUUAUGAGGUGCCUUGUCUCAUUGUUGCUGCAAAAGACGACCUCGAUCACUAUCUGACGCAAAUUCAAGAUUCAACCAGGGUAAGCCAGGACAUGGGGAUAGAGCCUCCUAUCCCUCUAAGCACAAUGCUCGGAGAUUUAAGCAAUAUAUUCCAUAGGAUCGUAAGGGCAGCAGAACAACCUCAUUUAAGCAUUCCCGAGACUUCAGCUGCCAAAACCCGCAAGCAUUAUUACCGGCUCAUCAACCGUUCCCUCGUCUGCGUAUCAGUGGGAGCUGGAGUGGUCGCUGUGGGGUUGGCUGCUUACAGAACAUAUGCUGCAAGAAAGGCUUCUUCUAGCUAAAUCAAGUCAGCAAUUCUUGGGACUCUUCCCAUUUUUUAGGUCAAUUCCUUUAUUUGUUUCUUUAUUUAUUUACUUUUCUUUAUUAUCAAAUUCAAGUUGUGGUGAAAUUGGAGGUGGUUUUAGAGACUGGCUAUUUUUGUUUUUAUCUUUCUGGAAACAUAAUAAUUAAGCUGUGUCUUCAA